UUUAAUCUUUUUAAAGGCUCUUGAAGUCAAGAAGGUUCACUUAGGCUAAAGACGGUGUUGCAUUUGAACUACAAAUGGAAGGCAAAAAAAGAAAGGCAAUUGAUGAUACUGGCGGUGAUAAUGGCGGUGAUAAUGGCGAUGGAGGAGGAGCUAGUGGCUAUGGUGGUAACACUAGGGAUAUCGGUCAAUUACCGAGGAGACCAAGAACAGGGUCAAUUCUACCUCAUUUUCUGAGGAAGACAUUCGACAUGGUUGAAGAUCCAGAAACUAACUCCAUCAUAUCUUGGAGUCCAAACAAUAGAAGUUUCACAAUUUGGGACCAUAUCAAGUUCAGUGUAGAGCUCCUUCCCAAGAACUUUAAGCAUAGCAAUCUCGCAAGUUUUGUUUCUCAGCUCAACAAUUACGGGUUCAGAAAGAUCUGUACGGAGAAAUAUGAAUAUGAAAACCCAUGGUUUCAAGCAGGAAAGAGGCAUUGGCUCAAGCAUAUAAAGCGAAGGAACCGACAGUGUGAGCAUGAUUCCGUGAUCCAGUCUUCAUGUGGAUCUACAGAUAAUUUGUUGAAGGGUAGAUUGGAGGACCAGCUAGAAACUCUAAUGAUUGAGCACCAUGGUUUGAAAGUUAAAGUUGAGAAACUUAGUGAAAAACUGGGGAAUCACUUCAACAAAAUAAAAGAGAUCCAGAAGCUAAUAGAGAAAAGAAAAAUGAGUAAAUAUGAAGCCAAUAAGAAUCAAGAGUUGGACAACUCUACGAGCGAGGAAAUCUCAUUGGAGCUUGUCGCGGAAGGGAAUUGUUCUAGACAUACUAACAAGGACGAACAAGUGCAAGAAGAAGUGAUGGUAAUCCAAAAAGAAGGAAAAAAUUUCUGCUCCCCUGAUAACACAGGAGGUUCAAACCAAGAAAAGAAAGCUACUGCAACUUCAGAAACUUUUGAAAAUCGUGACUUCAGGAAGAAAAUGAUAGAGGAUGAUUCAGAGCAUGAAAAUGGAGGACAUGAAGAGCUAGAAGAGUCUCAUCCAGAAGCCAUUCUGAAGCUGCUGGACCUCAACGCCUGCAAUACCCUUGUUCAGGACCUCAACGCCCAGGUUCAAACCAAGAAAAGAAAGGUACUGCAACUUCAGAAACUUUUGAAGAUCUUGACUUCAGGAAGAAAAUGAUAGAGGAACGUCUCCCCAAAACUGGUUUGGCAAGACAAUCAUGAGGGUCAUUUAAAUCUUUGCAUUUUAUUUAAGACUGCCUAUUCUGUUUCCUCCCUGCUCUUCUUCUUCAUCUCAUUUGUAUUGGACUUGGUAAUGUCAUGAUUAGCUACAAGAACUCUAAUUAUCUCACCCUGGAGUGGUUGUGCAUCUUUUUCUUA